AUGACAUCUGCUCCAUACCCACAUGUAUUUAGAGCAAUAUCUCGCUAUGUAGACGUUUGGAAUGGCACGCUCAGAUGUUUUGUUUCGACUGGUAUACCGUAUGUCGUUUACAGCAUGCAUCAACAACAUCAAAAUGAUACCUAUCAAAUUACAAGCAUAGUAACCAAAUAUGAGCCACACAAUUCAUGUGAAACACCACAAACACCAACAACAGACAACUUCAUCACAAAAAAAAAUUUUCUCACAUACGCAACUUCCUCUAGUGAUGAUUUAGACGAAAAUAACAAUGCUUACCAUACAAGUUUAACUGGCGGUAUACUUCUGGUAUCACCCGAUGUAUCAAAAAUAUUUGAUUAUGCCGAACAUGGAAACUUUGAGGGUAUGAACAAAGUAUUACAAGUACACCACACGCAAGCCGUUCAAAUGAAAAAUGAAAAAGAACAAACACUGUUACAUGUUGCUGUCAUAUUUUCGUUCUCAUACGUGUGGAUUCGAUUACUAUUAAUGCGUGAAUCUAAUCCAUGUGCACAAGAUAAAGAUGGAUAUACUCCUUUACAUUACGCUGUUGAAAAGGAUGAUGUUGAGAUGGUGAAAGCGCUCACUGCCAGAUUUUGUAUCAAACUGAACACAUUACCAGAUGCUGCAAUAGACAAAAUACAUGCAGAUUGUAUGAGAGCGUUAACAGUAACAGAUAAAUUGGGUCGGACUGUUUUCAUGCUAGCUUGUUAUAAAGGAUCAUUGAAAUGUGCUACCUAUCUGAAUCCACAACAAACGCAGGAUAAUUUCAAUAUGACGGAUAUUUAUGGUGAUACAUCAUUGCACUAUGCUGUUGCGCGCGAUGAUAAGUAUUUAACUGAAAUGCUACUCACUGGUGGUAAAGCCGAUGUUAAUGGUGGAGAACUUACACGUCCAAGUGCGUUAGAUGUAGCGAUAUUUAAUCAAAAUUCUAAACUAACAGAGUUACUACUAACCAACAAGGGUAAAAGCCGAUGUUUCAUUAAACGUAAAACUCAAAAUCGCACAAUGUUUGAAGAUGAUUUGAAUCUUAUUAUCAAACGUUUACCAGCUGCUUCUUGCAAAGAAGAAAAACAGCAAGUAGAUACAGUGAAUAUUGAUAGCUCAUUCAAAGCUUUAGAAUCUCAACAUUGUACCUCUGCUACUACUGUUGCAGAAGUGGUAAUGGGCGAUGACACCCUCGGAAAACAAGCAACUGAAUGUGAUAAAACAACAGUACACCAAAUAACAGUAAAAAACUGUCACAGUGCUCUCAGAUGCCGUCUACAACACCACGUUCUUUUAAUGAAAGAGUUGGGUUAUUUACAUCCGGAUGUUGCGAAAUCACAUUAUAAUAUAGCAUUGAUUUAUCAUAUAACAGGUGAUUAUGCAUCUGCUCUGAUACAUUAUGAAAAAGCAAUUGAUAUAGUAGAACAACUUUCAUUAUCACUGCAUGAUUAUGUUGAUAUUCCAGAUUAUUAUGCCAAUCGAGCUCUCAUUCAUGCCAUUCAUCAAGAAUUUGAUAGUGCAUGUAAGAAUUUUAUACAAGCACUAGAAAUGAGAAAAGCGUAUUUUCCGAAACAUUUUGAUGUAAUACAAAGAUUAGAACAACUCAUAGAGAAAGUCAAACCCCAAAUGAAUUUAUAUUGCGUCUGA